CAGCACAGGUAGAGUCCACACACGAAAUCAGAUUUGGCAAGGGUGAACUUUUCAGCUCGUCCUGCGCCUUUCGACUGCGAACUGGACAGGAGUGUGAGCUUCACUUUAUCUUUAGCUUGGUGAACGAAGGUGUCGGAAAGGUGCUCUCGGCCUCUCCUUCACAAUGGCUGCCCGACUACCAGCCGCAGUCGUAGACUGCGGAACCGGCUACACAAAGAUGGGGUACGCCGGCAACACCGAACCGCAGUUUAUCUUUCCCAGUGGUAUUGCCAUCAAGGAGAAGGCAGGUGUUGGAGACAAAUCCCAGCAGAGAGUAACGAAGGGAAUUGAUGAUCUUGAUUUUUACAUCGGAGAUGAAGGAGAAGCGGCAACUGGAUAUGCUAUCAAGUACCCCAUCCGACAUGGUGUCGUUGAAGACUGGGAUUUGAUGGAGCGCUUCUACGAGCAGUGUAUCUUCAAAUAUCUCAGGGCUGAGCCAGAAGAUCACUACUUCUUGCUGACCGAGCCCCCGCUCAACUCUCCGGAAAACCGCGAGUACACCGCAGAAAUCAUGUUCGAGUCGUUCAACGUUCCCGGACUGUACAUUGCCGUCCAGGCUGUGCUGGCUUUGGCUGCAUCGUGGACAUCUCGUCAAGUAGGAGAGCGUACCCUGACAGGAACAGUCAUUGACUCUGGUGAUGGUGUUACUCACGUUAUUCCUGUAGCUGAGGGCUACGUCAUUGGUAGCUCCAUCAAACACAUCCCUAUUGCCGGUAGAGAUAUCACAUACUUUGUGCAGCAAAUCCUCAGGGACCGAGAGACUGGCAUUCCACCAGAGCAAUCUCUUGAGACUGCCAAGGCUAUCAAGGAACGCUUCGGUUACAUUUGUCCCGAUGUUGCCAAGGAAUUCAACAAGUACGACGCUGACCCUUCAAAGUGGUUCAAGAAGUACGGCAGCAAACACCCAGUUACCAAGAAGGACUGGGAGGUCGAUGUCGGUUAUGAGCGCUUCUUGGGACCUGAGGUGUUCUUCCACCCAGAGUUCUGCAACCCCGACUUCACCACACCGAUUUCAGAAACUGUGGAUGUAGUCAUUCAGAGCACCCCCAUUGAUGUACGUCGUCCUCUCUACAAGAACAUUGUUCUGAGCGGUGGCUCAACCAUGUUCAAGGACUUUGGUCGUCGCCUGGGACGUGACGUCAAGCGUGUCGUAGAUGCCAGAAUCAAGCUCUCCGCGGAGCUGAGCUCCGGCCGCAUCAAGCCCAAGCCCAUCGAUGUCAACGUCAUCACUCACCACAUGCAGCGCUAUGCUGUCUGGUUCGGUGGCUCCAUGCUGGCCAGUACCCCAGAGUUCUACCAGGUGUGCCACACCAAGGCCCAGUACGACGAGCAGGGUCCCAGCAUUGCACGCCACAACCCCGUCUUCGGCACCAUGUCUUAAGUCCUAACCCGGAAAUAACAUGCAUAUCAUGCCUAGUGCACUUGACUGCCUAUGGAUUCUGAUAAUCUGGCAUUCUCAUAACAGUCUUGGUCCUAGUGGACUAUUUUUACUACUAAAUGUCUAAAUCUAAUACUAUCACAAUGGUCAGUACUGGCGUGCAGUA